UCAGUCUGCGCUCAGUUCAGGGAGAGGAGCAUGAGAUGAAGCCCCCUCGUGCACCUGCUCCAUCGACACCUUGAUCUUCAACAAGUGAAGGCAUGAGAAAGGCAUGAAGAGGACCGGUGCAUGGAAGCAGGAUUCAUUCAUUAGGGAGGAGCUGAGGAGCUGAGGAGCUGUUCCCUACGCAGGUCAUGUGGAUGGAGCAAAGUGGCUUUCCUCUUUAACAAACAAUGAAACUUGAGCGUCUUGUUUUUCCUGGAGACAUCUUGACUCCUUCCACCUGAGCUGGAACACCAUCUGAAGUCCAAAGAGCUCUGCUGGACCUGGAGAGGAAGACGCUUUUCCACAUUUUGAACACAACAUGGUGUUUGGAGUCCGGUGUCGCUUUCUCUGCUGCCUGAGUCGUUCUGAGUCCUGAUGUUAAUCCGGAGAUUACAGCUUUCUGCUGGAAGAUCUUCAACCAGCAGCCUGAUUUAGGGAUGAGCUCCUUUCAAACCGGUUUCAAAGGAUUGUUCAGAACUGGUCCAGAUCAGUUUUAAUGGAUUAUCUCCAGAUAAACAUCCACAUGUCUGUGAAGGAAUUGCUCAUUUUGGCAUUUUAAAGUCCAAUGAAGGGGAAAAACAGAGUGAAGUAUGAAUUAUUUUCCCUGACAGGACUUUUCGGAAGUCCCGGCUAAUUAUGCAGGACUUUGCGAGGCCUCGGAUGUCCAGGGUAUCCCUCAUGUUAAACGACUUUGCCCUAUUCUGGGGCGUCUUCUCUGGGAUAAUUCUACGACAUGCAUCCGUGACGGCUUGUCCCUCAAGCUGUCAUUGCAUUGAGAAGAACAGCUUGAUGGUGGUCCAAUGCAUGUCUCGCAACCUGGAAAAGAUCCCCGCGGAUCUUCCCAGGGAGACGGUUGUCCUGCUUUUGGCGGCCAACCGCAUCACGCACAUUCCCAACCACGCCUUCAGAGAGCUGCACCACCUUCAGGAGCUGGACCUGUCCAACAACGACAUCGAGACGGUGGACAUGGCCGCGUUUCAGGGCGUUUCUGACAGCCUCCUCGCGCUGGAUUUAUCAAGCAACCACAUCCAAAGCGUCCCAAAAGAGGCGUUUGCCCACCUGCGGGCAAAGAUCAGCCUCUCAAACAACCCAUGGCACUGCGAGUGCACGCUGCAGGAGGUCCUGAGGGAGCUGCGUCUGGACCCUGAGACGGUGAACGAGGUGAUCUGCCACACAGCGGUGCAGGAGGAGUACGCCGGGAAACCCGUCAUCCAGGUGCUGGACUCAGGGAUCAACUUCUGCAACUUUCACCACAAGACCACCGACGUCGCCAUGUUCGUCACCAUGUUUGGGUGGUUCACCAUGGUUAUUGCAUACGUGAUCUACUACGUAAGACACAAUCAGGAGGACGCCAGGAGGCACCUGGAGUACCUCAAGUCGCUGCCCAGCAACUCUCAGAUCAGCAAGGACUUUGACACUGUCAGCACGGUUCUUUAACAGGAGACGUGUGCAGUGAUCGUUGAGUACGUAGAUGUGUUCUGACCCCAGGAAGCUUUUAGUGCGGCCUUUUUUUUUUGGUCCGCAUCGUUUCCACUGCAUCAAAACAGAGUUCUGGGGGGCAAAGCCCAGGAAAACAGGCCUGGUAAGGAGAGAAACCUCUAUUGAGAUUACCCUGAACCUUCAUGGUGAAACUGUGUGGUUGUUGGGCACUAAAGCAUUUAUCAUUGGUUGAUUGCCCCAACAAUCAAACCUGCUCACGCAUUCAGAAUUAAAGAUUAUUUUACUUUGGUGACAAUCUGUAACGUUAAUGAAAACCCUCUGAAUUCGUUAGAGAUAGACAACAGAUUUUAGACAGAAGGCAAAAGAAAGCAGUGUUUCAGGGAGACAAGGAUUUACAAUAUUCUGUCUGAGGCAAAAAUGAAAUAGACACUUAGAAACCUGGUGGGGGUACAGCUGGAAACAAGCUUACAACAUCUGAGCUGGCUACUUUCCCCCGAUGAGCCACAGUGUAUCUGCUUUUUAAACCAUCAGUUAAUCUUAGAUCAACUGCAAGCUUCCAAAGUUGACAAAGAUGUUAGACGUUGACUCUAAGUUCGGCUUGAUUUUACUCAUGUCUUAGAGACAGGCCACAUGAGCACC